CAGCAAAAAAUGGUCAGGUACGCCGCCGAACCCGCCCCCUCCGCCAAGUCGGCAAAGACCCGCGGUGACUACCUCCGUGUUCACUUCAAGAACACCCGCGAGGCCGCCCAGGCCAUCUCUGGCAUGAACCUCCAGAAGGCUAUCAAGUACCUUGGUGAUGUCAAGGAGCACAAGCAGGCCAUUCCUUUCCGCAGGUUCAACGGUGGUAUUGGUCGCACUGCUCAGGCCAAGCCUUUCGGUGCUACUAUGGCCCGCUGGCCCGUCAAGUCCGCCGAGUUCCUCCUCGGUCUCCUCAAGAACGCUGAGGCCAACGCCGACGUCAAGGGUCUCGACACCGCCGCCCUCAAGAUCGCCCACAUCCAAGUCAACCAAGCCCCCAAGCAGCGCCGCCGCACUUACCGUGCCCACGGUCGUAUCAACCCCUACAUGUCUUCCCCCUGCCACAUCGAGAUCAUCGUUGCCGAGGAGGACGAGGCUGUUGAGAAGGCCAAGGAGACUGGUGUCGUUAGGUUGAACGCGAGGCAGUUGGGUCGCAAGAGGUUGUUGGAGUCCAGGAAGCCUGCUUCCGCUUAA